CGCUAAUCUUUUGUGUUCAGUUCUCUUCCAGACGUCCAGACAAUAAAUGCGGCUGCUCUCCUGGAGAGAUAUUCUGUCUCACCCCAGCAGAUGGCAUCUAUAGAGGUUUGGUUGUGAUAUCCCUUCAAUUUUACAAAUCAACACAAAAAUUCACCUCAAGCUGCCAUACGAGGAGAAACAUCAGUUCUGAGCAGUAACGAACUCUAAGCUAUAAGCUGCAGUUGUUUUGUUAUUUUUAUUUAUUUUUUAUUUUCCGGUCACAUUUUUAAAGAAGCUGAGGUUUUGGGAAAAUGCACGGUUUGUGGUUUCGGAGCCGUCUGACGGCGACACUCCUGGCCUCCGUCCUGGGAGCCGUGCUCGGCCCCCUGCAGGUCGGCUACCACACCGGCAACGUCAACGCUCCAGCCAGGAUCAUCGAAGAGUUCUUCAACAGCACAUGGAGAGCCAGACACAACCAGUCGAUGACGGAUCACAGCCUGACCCUGCUGUGGUCGCUGUCCGUCAGCAUCAAGGACUUUGGAGCGUUGCUGGCCUCUCUGGGGGUCAAACACCUGGCAGAUUCGUACGGCAGACGAAACUCCAUCCUGAUCGCCAACUGUCUCUCAGUGGCAGCGGCCUGCGUUAUGUUUGCCUCCAAAGCCAGUGGGUCGUUUGAGGUUCUCAUCCUGGGACGGCUGGUGUUUGGCCUGUUCUGCGGCCUUGUGAUGAGUCUAAACCAACUCUACAUCCAGGAAGUGUCCCCUACCAAUCUGAGAGGAGCCUUUGCCACACUCAACCAAGUGUCAUUAGCCUCUGGCAUCCUGAUAGGGAUGGUGGCUGGUCUGGAAACAACAUUGGGCACGAAGAGUAACUGGGCGAUGAUGCUGUCCCUGUCUCUCAUUCCGGCCCUGACGCAGUACCUUGUUCUGCCUUUCUGCCCAGAAAGCCCUCGCUACCUCCUGAUGAACCAGGGAGAGGAAAGGAAAGCAGAAAGCGCCCUGCUGAGGCUGCGAAGCCAUGCCGACAACGUGUCCGGAGAGCUGGAGGAGAUGAAGGAAGAGGCUGCACACACCCUGACCCGCGUCACCGUCCGGGAUUUCCUCCAGAAGCGAAGCUACAGGCAACCGAUCCUCAUUGUUCUCCUUGUCAACCUCGGGAGCCAGCUCUCUGGAUUCAAUGCAAUCAUCAACUACUCCACUAAAAUGUUCCAGGCCAAGUUCGACGAGGCCAAACACCUGACUCUAGGUGUGGGAGUUGUCAACGUCACCUUCACUUUGGUUGCAUUCUUCUUCAUGGAGCGGGCCGGGAGGAGGAAGCUGUUGCUGAUCGGUUUCCUCUCCAUAGGAGUUUGCAAUUUUCUUAUGACCAUAGUGGACUCUGUUCUGCACCUGGUCCCAGAGCUGCGGAGCCUGCAGGUCCUGCUGGUGUUCGGCGUGGUCUCGGCCUACGAGCUGGGCCCCGGCCCCAUCUCCUGGUUCAUCGCCGCCGAACUGUUCGACCAGCCCGGGAGGCCGAUCGCCAUGGCGCUCGCCAGCAUGGUCAACUGGGGAGGGAAGUUCCUCCUCGCCCUCCUCUUCCCUCCGUUGCUGAAAAUCUGCGGGGCCCACGUCUAUUUGAUUUUCACGGCCGUGGCUCUGCUCGCCUUCGCCGUCACGUGGCUCCGCCUCCCGGAAACCAAAGGCCGCACAUUUGACGACAUCGCGGAGGAGUUCAGAGGAGCGGAGGGAAUCCCGCUGCACAACAGCGGCGGAUUCAACACUUUCACCUGAACAGCAGAUUCUUCCUUCUCCAUGACGAUCCAGAAGAGACUGUCAGCACAGCCUGCCAACAUAAUAAUAAUAAUAAUGAUAAUUGUUUUGUCUUCAUGUUGAGGUUCACUGGGCAAAACAUCUUCUAUUAUGUUAUGACCACCACAUGUCAUUUAGUGGAUCUUCAAAAAGUUUCAAAUAUUAAUAAUCAGGGAUGCCAUUAUGAACUUUGGUACUCACUGCUUAUGGCAAAUAUUCAUAAUUCACUUAAAAUGUCUGACCUAUAGCAGUAAAAGUCAACAUUGUUAAAAAUAUAAAUUA